AUGCUGAAUGGUUUGCACUGCCUUUCCAGAUUCCUUGCUGACAUCAAUUCAAGGACGCACUACGAGGGGCGUCACGUCUUUGCAAUUUAUUCACGAAAUGAUGAUAAAGUAGGAUAUUUUGUGUGCAACAAAGUAGGCAGUGCAAUUCGGGGUGCCGACGAUAGUUUUGAAGAAUCGGAUAUGGAUCACGGCGCCGUGAUAAUGAAAACUGUCAGAAAGCAGUUCAGUCUAGUCACCAAGCAUAAGGCUUCGUGA